GGGAUACCUUGAUGGGGACAUGGAGUUCGAUCGAUGGGGGUGCGUAGUUUAGGAUGGUCCAGUAAUCCUACUCCAAUGCAGCCGUCCAUGUUGACUCAAGCAUGGAUGGAAUCGCUGCACCUGGAUGGUUUCACGGGAAUUAGGGCAUCUUCACCAAUUGAUGAAUGAUUGUGCUUGUUUUCCUCUUCCUCUCUGUGGCUCCCUACAAAUACACGCCGACCGGGCCUCGACGACCGAGCAAGCACGCACGGCGAGUAGGAGAUUCUUGUUUGCCUUCUUCGAUCUUUUGGGCGGGCCGAGACAUGGCGGCAGCGAAUUCAGUUCCUCUCAUUACCGCUUACAAGAUGGGCAAGUUUGAUCUCUCGCACAGAGUGGUGCUAGCACCAUUGACAAGGCAGAGGUCAUACGGGAACGUCCCACAGCCGCAUGCCAUCUUGUACUACUCUCAGCGAGCCUCCAAAGGCGGUCUUCUGAUAGCGGAGGCAACCGGGGUUUCAGACACCGCGCAAGGGUAUCCUUGCACGCCCGGCAUUUGGACGAAAGAACAGGUGGAAGCAUGGAAGCCGAUUGUGAAUGCAGUUCAUGAAAAGGGUGGCAUCUUCUUUUGCCAGAUUUGGCACGUAGGAAGGGUUUCAAAUCAUGAUUUCCAACCCAAUGGGCAAGCUCCAAUCUCAUCUACUGCCAAGCCAAUUACUCCUCAAGUACGAGCAAAUGGCAUCGAUGUUGCUAUUUUUUCAACUCCAAGGCGGUUGCGGACGGAAGAGAUUCCUUUGGUUGUCAAUGAUUUUAGAGUUGCUGCAAGAAAUGCCAUAGAAGCUGGUUUUGAUGGAGUCGAGAUUCAUGGAGCCCAUGGAUAUUUAAUUGAUCAAUUCUUAAAAGACAAAGUGAAUGAUCGUACAGACAGGUAUGGCGGAAGCUUAGAGAAUCGUUGCCGCUUUGCUUUAGAAAUAGUUGAAGCUGUGGUUGAUGAAAUUGGAGCUGACAGAGUUGGAAUAAGACUUUCUCCCUAUGCAAGCUAUAUGCAAUCAGGAGAUUCAAACCCUGAGGCUCUUGGAUUAUACAUGGCCAAUGCUCUGAACAAAUAUGGGAUUUCAUACCUUCACAUGGUGGAGCCUAGGAUGAUAAAUGUAGGAGAAAAAGUUGAAGUUCCUCACAGUCUUCUUCCUAUGAGGAAAGCAUUCAAGGGAACAUUCAUUGUCGUCGGGGGCUAUGAUAGAGAAGAAGGUAACACUGCCAUCGCUAGUGGUUAUGCAGAUCUAGUUGCUUAUGGGCGCCUAUUUUUAGCUAACCCUGACCUGCCUCGAAGAUUUGAGUUGAACGCUCCACUUAACAAGUAUAACAGGGAAACUUUCUACAUUCAGGAUCCAGUUGUUGGGUAUACAGAUUACCCAUUUCUUGAUUCUGAUUUGUAGAUUACCAAAGUAUGUACUGAGUUUAUACUCCUUUGGUAUCAUGGAACUCAAGAUUUGGGUGCUACAAUAGAAAUUUAAGGUUCAAAUUUGUCUUUUGAAUUAUUCACUUUGUCAAGAAACAACUGUGGAUUCAAGGAGUGUGAUGCCUAUAAAUUGUUCUUGAUUUCUUAGUCAA